UGGACCAGAGUUAACUCUAGACCAGCCACACAGUGGAACGGCUGGUUGCCUUACAACAAAAAACAAUCACAGUUCGAUCCCCUGUUUGUCUGUGGACUGGAACUGUUGGCCGUGGGGUGACGCUAUAACAAAAGAAUAAGUUGUGAAUGUUGACAACAACAGACCGAUUUACGGCAGUGAGAGGCUGCAGUCAGUGAAGAAUCACAGACGUGACUGAGGCAGAGCAGCUGUUGUAGCUCAGAAUCGCGUAUUUAGCAAAAAGCGACACCAAACGAUGGUUUCCGAACUCAAAACGUUUUUGUUUUUAUUUUUAUAUUAAAAGUGAGUGCGAAUAAAAAAAAACAGCAGGUGGCGAUGUUGAUGUUGUAGCCCCGCCCCUCCCCCUCAGUGCGCGCUUGUUAUUUAUGAAUGCCCAUCGCUGCUCGCGGUAGCGUGCACGCCCCGUGCACGUUUUCGCACGUUAUUAUGAUGUUUGGUCGUUAGGAGACAGCGGACGCUGCAGGUCUGCCGCCCCCCCCCCCCCUGCCGCUCCUGCCGCCGCCGCGGGGAGACCUGAGUCGCGAACCCAUUCAUCCGGAAGGGCUGUUGUUUGCGUGUGUGUGUGCGCUGCUCCUUGAUUACAAUAAUCGCAAUAACGUUAGUGGGUCAACGCAGCGCACUGCCACCACCGCCGCCGCCGCCGCCGUCUGCAGACGCCGGACCCGCCGCACACGCACACGCCGAUUCUUUGACCCGGAGCUGCUGCCCGCUAAGGAAAGCUGUUGGAGGUAACGUCUCCGUUAUGAUGUCAUCUUGAAAGUGGGCGGGACAACAUGACCCUGAGUGAGUGAGGGGGAGGGGUCACAUCCCUUGGCUUCUUCCUCAUUUGCCUCCUGUUUCAUCCGACCAAACGACUGGAAUGCCAUUACGGUGUGGCUGUGCACCCCCCUCUCCCCAGCUCUCCCCCCUCUUCUUCCCCAAGCUGCCCUUUUCUCUCCCCCUCACGUAGCUCUGCCCUCCUUCUCCCCCCCCCCACCAUGCUGUGGUCAUGCUGCUGGAGUCGAUCCUGAGGACGUAGACUCUGGAGGGCGACCCUGCUCAGCCGGGGGACUACCACCUGUCCCUGCUGGACCCGAACUCUCUGGCAGAGUGCUGCCCCCCUGAUGGCUCCAUGCCUGAGAGCAGCUACUGGCAGCUCUGUCCUCCCUCUAAGACCAGCCUACAGGGGGGGUUGCUGAGCUCUAGUUUCCCGCCCGGCCCCGUGCCCUUGGUGCCACCUGAUGCUCACCUGCAGGAGGGCGGGGUCGACCCGCUGGACAGGACGUCUCAGCCUCAGCAAUCGCAAUCACAGCACCACCCGCUGGCUCCGAGCACCUCUGCGUCAGAACUGUCCCUGCCCGGGGCGACUGCUGCCGCGCUCGCCGGACCUCCUGCGCCCGGUCUCCCCCCUCCUCCGCCGCCGCCCCCUAAACGCCACUGCCGCUCACUGUCGGUGCCCGAGGACCUGUCCCGUUGCCGUUACACUUGGCGGCCGAGCGCCUCGAGGGUCUGGACGCCCGUUAGCCGCCAGCAAUGUCACGGUGCCGUCGGAGGAGGGGUCACGGGUGCCGCAGGAGGAGUUAUAGGGGCGGGGGCAGCAGGCGGCGGCGCCUGCCCCCUGCGUGCUCCUAGCUCCUCCCUGAACUCGUCGCUGCACUCCUCGUCCAGCCCCACCUUCUUCAGCCUGGCGCUCUCGCCAGACUCGCCGCUGCCUUGGAGCUUCCCCUGGGAUCCCAGCGAGGCGGCGGCAGGAGGAGCGUGCUGCUGCUUCUUCCCUUCCCCGUCCUCCUGCUCCUCUUCGCCUUCGCCACUGCACCCGCCUCCACCUCCUCAGCGGCGUUUUUCUCUAUCGCCCGUGCUAAUCAGAGACUCGGCGGCCUCCACCUUCCUGCCUCCUCCGCCCGUACCCUGCCAGGCGGUUUGCGCCGGGGCCGGGCCCCCGCCCGUCAUGGCCGGGGCCAUGUCUGGAGGGCCGGUUCCCGCCUCGCCCUCCUCCGCCUGCAGCACGCCGUCGUCGCUGCGUCGCAGCCUGCCGCCGCAGCUGCCGCGGUGCCAUUCGCAGCCCUGCGACCUCCUGCUGCUCAAACCGGGUCUGAAGAGGCGGCGUGACCCGGACCGACCGUGUGCUCGACCGGUGCUGGACUUCACCAAGAUGACACAGACACGCAGCCUGGACCCUCAGUGUCUGGAGCGCGGCGGCAGGUUGAUGUGCGGCGGAGGCGACCUGUGCAUGGGAAUGGAAGCGUUCAUGGGCGACUUCCGACGCUCCUGCUCCCCGGCCGAGUGUCUGGGCCGGACCAGCAUUGGACCGCUGAGCGAGAGCGAAUAGGAGUGCCGCGAGGACGACGACGACGACGAAGACGAAGACGGCGAGGAGGGAGAAGACGAGCGCGAGGCGGCGUCGGCGGGGCAGCAGGCGGUGUUUGAGCGAGACUGUACAGAACUGGACCUGAACCUGAUCGAAGAAAACUGACACCUUUGUACAUGAAUGCUCUUCUUCUCUCUUUCUCGUCUCCACUUUCUUUUAACGCCAUUCUCAGCCCCGCCCACGCUCUGACCCACCCCCUGAUCUGGAAACGCCUCCUCGCAGUCGGCCGGUGAGGCUCUCAGGAACAACGCCGUUUCUCAUUGGAUGAGCUAAGCUAAAGGACGACGACAGUGAUGAUGUGGCUAACGGCUAACGGCCCGCGGCUCUCUGCACCCGUGCUCUUGAAGUGACCCGGUUUCCAACACUGGUGGCGACUCAGUCUUCCAACAUGAAACGACAACCGAUGUAAAAGUUGCAGUUUUGAUGUGACUGUCGCUGCGGAGCAGCGCUAACCUAACGCAACAUCGCUGUCCAUUAGCAUUCACCGACCAAUCAGGACACAUCCACGGUUGGUUUCGUAUUUGUUACAAUUGCUCAACAAAAAAGUGCGUAAACAAUGCUACACCGGUGGUUCACAAAGCGUGGGGCGGGUCCCCCUUGGGGGAUAUGAAGGUAUUGCAGGGGGCCCGCAGCCAAAUUGAAUUCGAUCUUUAGUUUUUGUUUGUUUGUCUCGCAGCAUGAAAUCGGUUCUUUUUUGCAAAGAAGAUUUUUUUUUUUAAAUUUCAAUCUGAUCUUCAACCAGAGACAAUGAAAAGUUUGACACAAAGAUCUUUUGUUGUGGUUAAAAAUAUAAAUGAAUCAAAGCUCAUGACCAUUGGUUCAAAAAAUGAGGACGAACCACUGGUGUCCGGUGUGAACGCACUCUAAAACUGCAGCUGGGUUGCGUUCAGGUUGUUGCUGCCGUGCAGCGACGGGCGGUUGUUCUGCUGAGGGCAGGAGGCCACUGAUGCUGUUGUUUGGACGAGUGUUGUAUCUGUUGUGUGUGUGUGGUGGUGUUACCUACAGCCACGUGGAGAUCCGACGGUUGACUCCGUUUCUGUUGGUUACAUCUAGAAAACCUAGACCAAAAGUCGUAUCUUUAUCUUUUUAGUAUUUAAUAACAACAUUUUACAACAGCCUCAUUCAGAUCUGCUCUGAACUGCACGGACGCUUCUCCCACUAUAAAGACACGGGGCAGUUUAGGUGGGGGGGUGAGGGGGGGGUUGAAACCAGUACCAGUACCAGUACCAGUACCAGUACCAGUACCAGUACCAGUAUGACCAACAGCAGCACAGACGUAGAAGAAAUUGUACUCCUAAUAAGAUUACCAGACCAGUUGUACCAGUUCCUGUAACUGGUUCCCACUUAAAAAAAGAAAGAUUAAAAGUAGAAAAAUCGGAUUCCUCCAUGUACCACUAGAGGGACCCUAAGUACCAGUUGUGGUACACGUACCAUCGAUUAUGAACCACUGGAUGAUGAUGUUGCUGAAACCAACUGUGGACACAAAGUUUGUCAACAACAAACAGCAGUCCACUGCUGCCCCCUGUGGUCAGUUUGGGUGAGUGAGAUCAGUCUGAACACAGCAGUGGACGACUGUUGUUGUUGGAGGUGUAGACAUCUUAGUGGCUUUUUAUUGCCCUCUAGUGGCUUCCUCUGGUAACAGCGCACAGCAGUUGUUUGUCUGUGGUCGAUCCCUUUACACACUGGAGAUAAACCACGAGUUCAAAUUGUAAAAUGACAAUCAGUUAAGAUGAAUAUGAGAAAAAAACGUUUUCUACACAGCAGACAGUCUUUAAUGCUGUGGAAAUAUCCCACAAUGCACCAGGACAAACCUCUGUAUUUGGCUUCAAUCACAGUUUAAAUGAUGACUGUGAUGAAGAACGUUUUAUCUUGAACAAAUCAGUGUUAAAAAAAGUCACUUUCUUUUGGGGUUGAUAGUUGGUCCCUUAGUUUUAUGUUGAAUAUUUACAUUUUAGCACAAAUGUAGAAAUGUGUAUUUAUAUUUUUUCAUUUUUGUCUAAUUUAUUUCCCUCAGAAAAACCCUCUGUUUUUGACUGGGAUUAGGUUGAAAAGACUGUGUCGACAUAUUCACAUCCAGCCAG